AUGAUAAAGGAUGAUAAUUAUGAAAGGGAAUUUGAGUUAAAAGAGUUGGAAAUAGAAACAAAGAAUGCAGUUCAAGUAGAUAUAUAACAUUUAGCUAGUUUCAAGACCUUUUAAAUGGUUGUAUAGCUCAUAAUAUGACUAAAAGAAAAGAGCUUUUUGAGUCAUUUGAGAUUGAGGUGGAGGAAAAGGUUCCUGUUUUAUAAGACCUAGAUUCUAUUAGAGGGAUGACAGAGUAGAUGCAAACAAUGCAAAAGAAUCUAUAGAGUAAGUAUACUUUGAUUAAGAGAACUAAAUUGUUGUUUGAAAAAAGGGUAAAUUAAUUAAGAGAAACUUUGAUGAAUAUUCGAGUGAAGGAUUUCGAAGUGAAUGAUGAUUCAGUAAUAAAGGAAUUACAUUAAGCAAAUAAGAGAAUGUUGGAAUUUUAGUAAUUAUCAGAGAAAUUCAGAAAAAAUUAAUAGAAACGUUAAGAAAUGUAAUAAAAGGAGUUAGAACAUGAAUAAGAGUAACUAAGAAAAUAAUAGCAACAUAUAUUAGAAUUGAAAAUGGAAAAUUAAAAGUUAUUGGAUAAAAUAUAAUUAUUAGAUUUAGAGGAAUAAGAAAAGAGAAGAAAAUUACAUGAAUGUUUCUAAACAAGUGAAUAUAUUGAGUUUUUUACAGAAGUUCAAAUGUUAUAAUAAGAUAAGGAAGUUUCUACAAAUUCUAAUGAUUAAUCUAGAUAAAUAGGUAGAGAUAAAUAAUCAACAAGACAUGAGAUAGUAACAAUGAUGGAUGAAUUUUAUAAUAAUUAAAACAUACAUCAAUUAAGUGAAGAAAUUACUGAAUUUUAUAGAUCAAUGGUGGAAUAAUUAAAGGUUUAAACUUAAACAUAUAAUGCUUUAAUUGAAGAGAAAGCUUUAAGGAAAAUAUAAUUAGAAGAAGUAAUUGAAGAGAUCAAUAGAUUGAAAGAAUUUAAUUGUAAUUCAUCUCAAUAAGAUAUAAGUAUGAUUAAUUAGGAUGGAUCAAUUACUGCAAUCAAUAUGGAAGUACCUUAAGUGAUUCAUGAUAAUAAUUAAUUAAGUAAUUAUGUAAAAUAGAACUAAAUGUGUUUAUUAACUAUUCAUAUGAAAGCUAUUGAUAUGAUUUCAAGAAUUUGUUUUGGUUUAAUUUGGUUAAGUGAAACAUCUAAAAUGGUACCUAAAACUUUGGAUAAUUUAUGUUCCAAUUAUUUAAAGGGACACUCAAAAGCAGAAAUUAAAUUAUUUAUACCUAAGAAAUAUAUGGGUAAUCCAAAACCAUAGAAAUAUGGAUCAUUUAUAUCAAUUAUCAAUAGAAAUAAGAAUGAAACUAGUCCAAAAGGAAGUAGUACUAAUAUUAAUACAACAACAAUGAAUAAUUUUGAUAAAUCUUUUGAAAAUGAAUAGUUGAUUUAGAGUUUGAAUAGAUUUAAACAAUUAAAAAAUGGAUAUGAAUAAAUUUUACUUACUUGGUUGUCAUUAGUUAAAAAUGAUUUAUUAACUUAUAAAUUUGUUAAGGAUUUUAACUUUGAUUAGAUUGAAAUUAAUUAGCCUAUUUAAGAUAUUAUAUUAUAAUUGCAUAUUGUUUAUGCAGAAUUGAUAUCUAAGAUCAAUUACUUUCAACAUUAUGAAUAUUAAUUUGCAUAUUUCAGAGACAUUGUAAAAUUAAUAAAUUAAUCUAAAAAUAAGAUUAAAACCAAUAUCUUUAAUAAUAGUCAUAAAUUAUGUGAUUCUACCCAUUUGAGUAGUAGUUACACACCUAAUAAAUAUAUUGAAACAAUUUAUAAGGGUUAAUUGAAAAGAUUAACAAAUCCUUAAUUUGAAGAAGAUGAAAUUAUUUAUACAUAAGAUAAUGUUAAAAAAAUAUAAAAAACUAGUGAUGAAACUAAAUUCCAUUAAUUUUUUAUUUAAUAAUCUAGUAUAAUCUAACGUAAAUCUCCAUUAUUACAUGAAAAACUCAUAUCAUAAACAUUAUAAACCAUUGAUUAAAUGCGCAAGAAAGAACUUGAUGAUAAUUAUUAAACUUCAGAUUAAGCUGCUUCAGAUAAUGAUUAUCUUAAUUAAGAACGUAGAAAUCUAAAAGGAAUGUUAAAUAAAAAGAUUUAAUAAUAAUAAUAAUAUAUAUCAAAAUCAGAAGAAAAGGAUCUCAUCUCAUCAAGAUCUAUAAUGAAAUAAGUUAGUUUAUUAUCUAAAAUUUCACAUUGUAAUUUAUUUUAAAUAUUAUAGUAUCUAGAGUGAAUUCUAAUUAGAACUAUAUCCAAGUCAAUAAAUCAAUUUAGAGAUUGAAUUAAACAGUUCAAAAGAAAAUGUCUGAAUAUUUUACUUAAGAUUAAAAUUCUUAGGAGAAUAGGAUAAGAUAUCCACCUAUAGAAAAGAAGGUAUCAUCUCGUUCUCCAGAAUAAAAAAAAAAAUCAAUAAUUGACACUUUUCAUAAGGAUCUUUCUUCAAUGAUCAUGAACUCUACCUCAAAUGGUCGAUCAUUCCUGGCCUGA